GGUGGCAGGCGCGUCGAGAUGGCGCGAAAUGCCCGCGAAAGCUGUGGAGCGGUGGCCAUGCCAUGCGGGAUGGCAGCGUCUGAGGAGGAGCCUGAGGCCCCGAGCGAGCGCCUGGAUGUCGCGCGCGGCUUGGAGAACGUGCCUGUGAGCGCGUGGCCCCCGGGGACGGAGCCAGAGCCCUUCCAGUAUACUCCUGACCAUGUAGCUGGACCUGGAACAGACGUUGAUCCUACACAAAUAACCUUUCCCGGAUGCAUUUGCCUCAAAACUCCCUGCCUCCCUGGUACUUGCUCCUGUCUCCGUCAUGGGGAGAACUAUGAUGAUAAUUCGUGCCUUAUAGAUAUAGGAUCAGAAGGAAAGUGUGCAAAGCCAGUUUUUGAAUGCAACGUCCUAUGCCAGUGCAGUGAUCACUGCAGGAACAGAGUAGUCCAGCAGGGUCUGCAGUUCCAACUCCAGGUGUUCAAGACGGAUAAGAAAGGCUGGGGACUUCGUACCUUGGAAUUUAUACCAAAAGGACGGUUUGUCUGUGAAUAUGCUGGUGAGGUUUUGGGAUAUUCUGAAGUACAGAGAAGAAUUCAGUUACAAACAAUACAGGACCCAAAUUACAUUAUAGCCAUUAGAGAACAUGUUUACAAUGGGCAGGUAAUAGAAACAUUUGUUGAUCCUUCCUGCAUAGGAAAUAUUGGAAGAUUUCUUAACCAUUCUUGCGAGCCAAACCUGUUGAUGAUUCCUGUCCGAAUUGACUCAAUGGUACCAAAGUUGGCACUUUUUGCAGCCAAAGAUAUUUUGCCAGAAGAAGAACUCUCUUAUGAUUAUUCAGGAAGAUUUCUUAAUCUAAUGGACAGUGAAGACAAAGAAAGGCUAGAUCAUGGGAAAAUAAGAAAAUGUUGUUAUUGUGGUGCCAAAUCAUGUGCGGCUUUCCUGCCUUACGACAGUUCACUGUACUGCCCCUUAGAAAAGCCAAACAUCAGUUAG